AUGAACCCGAAAAACAAAAGGAUUGUAAACCGAAUAGACUCGUCAGUUCAGAUGUCCUGCACGGCUAAUAACUGCAGACUUUCCUGCGUAAACCCUCUCCAUUCUUUUGACACCGAUUCUGCUAAGUGGGAAACUCAGAGUAUCAUCUGCAAGAAAAAGAAGGUCCUUCCUAAAGUUGUUGAAGCCAGCUGCUCUCUUGGAGCGAAACUUGCUGGGGGUGAUUUACUUUCUCAGCUUGACGAAAGUAGUCAAGUCAAACUAGAUGGCCCGACGUGCAAGACGAACUUCUUUGAUAUGUACAAUGUCAACGCUGAAGAAAUAAUCGUCAACUGCAAGGGAAACAUCUGCCAGGCUAAAUGUAAGAACACUGGAUCGCCUGUCAAUUACACUUGGCCAGAUGGAACAGUUGUACAAAAACUCGUUUACAAAUGCGACCGCGGUCGUUCCUGGAAACCAAACGGUGGAACGAUUUCCUGCUGA